UUUUCUUUUCUCCUGCGAAGAAGAGGCACUCACGGAUUGGGAAGGAGGAGGCACCGCAAGGAUGGCAUUCUCUCCUUCGGCCCUUUGCUUUUGGAGCCGGGCUUCAAAGCACUGAAGACACAGAAGAUCCAGGAAUCCCAGCGUUCCCGUUCUUCUUGCUCGAGGCCCGUUUGCCACAAAGACACCAGCGAUGGGACUUCUCCUCGUCUUCUUCUUCUUCUCCGCCUUGGCUCUGCUUUGCCCCAACUUGGCCCACCUCCAGCCAUGUUCCUCGGAAAGUCCAUCUCUGGUCCUGCGGUUUGCGGACGUGGGCGCCGACCACAGGGUCCUGGUCCACCGCAGGAACCCGGGACCCUUGGACCCCCUCUACGGCCUGGUCCACAGCUACCUGGACGUGGUCCAACAGAACCCCUUCCCUGCAGAUCUGUUGAGGGAGGCCUUGAACGACCCGCCGUCUGCUAGAACUUCUCAGAUCCUCCAGUAUCAAACGGGAUACCUCGUCUGUGCCACCAUUGCGGUCAUCUAUUUCGUGGCCCUUCCGGCCGUGGGUCUGAGCCUCUGCUGCUGCGGGAGACGCCGGCGGUGUGGAGGACGGGUCAAGGCCUACCGCCGCUCCCUGCGGUGCCAGCGCAACCUCCUCAUGCUCGGCCUCCUCUUGACCACACUGGUCAUCCUGGCUGGCGUUGUCUGUGCCUUUGCGGCCAAUCAGAGGGUGAAGGAAGAAAUGGAGCCGGGCAGCCGGGACGCAUUGAACACCCUUCAAGCUUUGCGGCGCCAUGUGAACGGCAUCCCCCAGGGAGUCCAGAGAGCGGUGGAUCAGGUGGCCGUCCCCAAAGAGCAAAUCCUCCAGGACUUGGACAACGUCGGACGGAGCAUCGGCAGCACCAUCCAGUUGGUGCUCAAAGGAACCGUGUAUCUGGCCAUGGCUGCAAUGAAAGGCAGAGUACAAGACCUGCAGAACUCUCUGCACCAUUUGCGGACUGUCAACACCACGGUCCAGGCCUUGAUCCGGCACCAGGAUGAGCUGGAGUCAACGCUGAAGGAGAGGAAGGAGAGCAUUGUUUUCCUUCUGAAGGAUCCUCGCUGCGCUUAUUGCCAGAGUGCCUUUAACAGAGCGGAGAGCCUGGAGCUUGGAGUCAACUACCGGAGAGUACCUUCUGUCGAGAAAGAGUUGAAAACCUUGCAUGGCCUCCCAAAGGCAAACUUCACCGAAAUGAUUGAGCGGGCCAAUAGGAGUUUCAAUUCGAUCCCAGAAGUGGCCGGUGCAAAGAUGGCCGAAGUUGUUAGAGACCUCAAGGCAGAGAUAGAGAAGGCGGCACGGAAGGUCCAGUCCAUUGCCGAUGGCUUCCCGAUCCUGGAGCACACGCGACUCAUGAAUGACGCUCUGGCGAAGGCGGAGAACCACAGCCGGCCUUACUUUAAAGAAGUGAAGCAUUAUGAGAAAUACAGGUGGAUUGUCGGGGUGGUCGCCUGUACGGUGGUCCUCCUGAUUGUCUUCUGCAACCUCCUGGGCCUUUCCUUGGGCCUCUACGGGCUGACCGUGCGGGAAGACCCCAGCGACUACGAAAGUCGGGGAGAAGCCGGGGCCAAGCUCCUCCUGACGGGCAUCGGGUUCAGCUUCCUCUUCUCCUGGCUGCUGAUUCUCUUGGUUUUCGGCACUUUCCUAGUGGGUGGCAACGUCCAGACCUUGGUGUGCAAGCACUGGGCCAGCCAGGAGAUUUACAAGUUUAUCGAUACUCCGGGCAACCUUCCUGCUUCCAUGAACAUCUCCCAACAUUUAGGUCUGAAGAAGAACCUCAACAUUACGACUGCGUAUCAGCAAUGCAAGAACGGCGCCGGUUUUUGGGAAGUCUUGCACCUGGAAGACAGGUACAACCUCAAUGAGCAUCUCCAUCUCGCCAAGUACACUACAGAAUUCCAGAAACGCUUGGGCCGCUUCCAAACCCGUUUCGAAGACAUCGUCUUGCUAAACGCCGAAGGAAGGAAAGAUCUGGAAACGUUCAGAGACAGUCGGAUCGACUUGAUAGAUUACCCAGCCUUUACUGCAGAGAUGCGCAACCCAAUGGUGAGGACCAAUCUCGAAGGUUUGGCCGGGGAUUUGGAAAGACUCAGCACGGUUCAGAGCGACAGAACGGUGGCAGAGCGGCUGGCGGAAGAAGCCUGGAAAUUGAAGGAAAUCCAGAAUACGAUGGUGCUGUUGAUGGAAGGCAUGGUGGCAAAGCUGAAAGAAAGCAUCCAUUUCCUAUCAAUGUUGGCUCCGGGUCUCCAGAUUCUGAUAAACAGCACGGAGUCCCAGGUUGGCCACGCGGAGACCGCCAUCCCUUUGGAGUCUCAGAAGAUCUUGCAACAGGAGCUGAGCUGCUUUGAACGCAAAGAAGUGGGCUAUGUCUCCCAGUACUUGAAUUGGCUGCGGAUUGUGCUAAUUGAAGAUGUGGCUUCCUGCCUGCCCUUUUCCGCAGCUUUGGACAACGGCCGGGUCAUUUUGUGCGACCGCAUUGCAGAUCCAUGGAAUGCCUUUUGGUUCAGCCUGGGCUGCUGCACCAUCUUCCUCAUCCUCAGCAUCUUCUUUGCCAUCAAGACCAUGAAGCAUUUCCGACCCAUCAGGCACCGGCUGGUUUCUACCGGAUCGGAGGAAACCUAUCCUUUCCACAUCCCAAGAGUCACGUCUCUACGUCUGUAGGGACCAAUUGCAUCGAAAUAUCCAGGGAAAUUUCUCAGAAAAAGGCUCCUUCCAAGGCUGGUCCUCCUUCUCUCCUGCUGAUGCGGUCUUCGAUGGAAGAAGACUUCUCUUGGACUUCUAAUGUAUUAUCCUCUCCCCGCUCCUCCUUUGGUCAUGGACUUUUGCUUUUGUUCAGAUAAUGCCUCCAAUGGCGGAGAAUGAAUAAACAUGUCGGCAAUGGCACGGCAGAACCUCUCCA